AUGGCUGAAACAGCAGUAGCUCAAGUAUCUAAGGUACCUGUGGUCCAGACUUCGCCCAAGAAAACUAAGGCUCUAAAAAAGACCGCUGGAGCCAAGAAACCAACGACCAAGCCCAACCAUCCACCAACUGGUGAGAUGGUUAAUGCCGCCAUUAUCGCUCUGAAAGAAAAGAAAGGAUCUUCACUCCAGGCUAUCAAAAAAUUCACAAGUCUUGUAGCAACUAAGAAAUCUACUGUUGCUACAAAAUCCACAGCGCCUAAUAAAAUAAAAGCCGCGCCCAAACCCAAGGAAAGUGCAACAAAAAAAUCAGCAGAUCUUACAAAACCAGCAGCUAAGAAACCAGUUACAAUGAAAAAGGUUCCAGCUAAGUCCAAAACCGAUAAACCUGUAAAGCAAAAACUGCAAAAACUCCGACGAAGCCUAAAACACCCAAAGCAAAGAAAGCCACAGUAA